GGGGAAACCCGCGUAGCCGAGGGAGCUGCGGCGCGGGGUGAUGGUCCAAGAGGUUGAGGUCAGAGAGGAACUGACAGGGCUGGCUGUUCCCCAGCUCCCCCACCCCCUCUUCCGUGUCUCCAGGUGACCUGUGGAGCCCCCCACCGCCAUCCAGGCCCUGCGAUGUGGUGAACCCUCGCCUGUCUGCCACCAUUCCCAGAAUGGACCGAGGUGGCCUUCUGCCCUUCCAGCUCUGGUGCCCUCGGCCCUUUGGCACCUACUCCCAGAACCAGCCACGCCCGCCUUCCGCAGCUCUCAAGCCCUCAGCCUGCUCCGAGCCUGGUGGUGGGGCGGAGCCAGAACAUGGCCCUGCCCACUCUGAGAACACGCCCCCGGUCUUGGCCUCUGAUGCUCCUGCCCCCCAGCCUGCCCCGCUCCUUUCCGCAGCCGCUGCUGGCGACGAGGGUCGAGUCCUGCUGGACACAUGGUAUGUGAUCAAGCCAGGGAAUACAAAGGAGAAGGUGGCCUUCUUUGUGGCCCACCAGUGUGGUGGGGGCAGUCGGGCCAGCUCCAUGAAGGUCAAGGGGCACUGGGGCAGUGACAGCUCCAAGGCCAAGCGGAGGAGGCGCUGUCUCGAGUCUACGAAGGCUCCGCCCGACCCAGGGGGACAGGACGGGCCCCCUGCCGUGGAGGGGGCCCCAAUCUCCGCUGGCGAGGAUGUGGACCUGCUCUCUGUGGCCGAGAUGGUGGCCCUGGUGGAACAGCGGGCCGCCCUGGCCCUGCAGAGCUACCCGCGCCCCAGCACCCCAGCGCCUGUGGUCUUCGUGUCGGCUGAGCAGGGUGGGCCUGGCAAGGGGCUGGGAUCCGAACGAAGGUCUGGCGUCGGGGACUGCAGCCGUGUAGCCGAGGCAGUGGCCCACUUUGAGGCCCAGCGGGACAACCCUCCGGCCAAGGGCCUCCGCAAGGAGGAGCGGCCUGGGCCAGGCCCCGGGGAGGUGCGCAUCGCCUUCCGGAUCUCCAACGGCCGGGAGUCCCGAGCACCGGAUGGCAGCUUACCCAACGGGAGCGGGGGCCGGCCGGGUUGCGCCUACCCUGGCAGCCCAGGUCCUGGAGCCCGGGCCAAGGACAAGAUCACCUGCGACCUGUACCAGCUCAUCAGCCCGUCUCGGGACGCCCUCCCCAGCAACGUGGAGUUCCUGCUGGCUAGGGCAGACGAAGCCAGUGAGGGUGAGACACCCGCCCCCGCCAGGCCCGAGGACACUCCACCAGCGCCCACGCCACCUCCUGCCCGGGACUGCGGAGCGUCAGGUUUCCACGUGGAUGUGGUGGUCACAGGGGUGGUGGACGAGUGCAUCUUCUUUGGCAAGGACAGCACCAAAAACGUGAAAGAGGAGACGGUGUGCCUGACUGUCAGCCCCGAGGAGCCACCCCCGCCUGGCCAGCUCUUUUUCCUCCAGUCCCGGGGGCCGGACGGGCCCCCCGAGCCUCCGCCAGCCGACUCACCGGCCACAGCGCCAGGCCCGGACGAUGCUGAGGGGACGGCCGACACCUCCCUGUGCCGCCUGUACCGGCAUGUGUCCCACGACUUCCUGGAGAUCCGUUUCAAGAUCCAGCGGUUGUUGGAGCCGCGGCAGUACAUGCUGGUGCUCCCAGAGCACGUGCUGGUCAAGAUCUUCAGCUUCCUGCCCACGCGGGCCCUGGCGGCUCUCAAGUGCACCUGCCACCACUUCAAGGGCAUCAUUGAGGCAUUCGGCGUGCGGGCCACAGACUCGCGCUGGAGCCGCGACCCACUCUACCGCGAUGACCCAUGCAAGCAGUGCCGCAAGAGAUACGAGAAGGGCGAUGUGUCGCUCUGCCGCUGGCACCCCAAGCCCUACCACCACGACCUGCCUUACGGACGUUCCUACUGGAUGUGCUGCCGCCGAGCCGAUCGCGAGACCCCCGGCUGCCGCCUGGGUCUGCAUGAUAACAACUGGGUGCUGCCCUGCAACGGGCCGGGCACUGGUGGGGGCCGGGCUGGCCGCGAGGAGGGGAGGUGAAGCCGGGGGAGGGGGUGGGGAAGAGCCCACCACACCCACACCCACCCCCUCCCCCUGGGAGCCGAGGGUCAGGACUGGGUCACCAGCCCAUACCCCCAGCCCAGGCAGCAUGGAUCCCCCGCCAGAACUAAGAUGGGGUUCAUGGGGGUGACCAAGAAAGCACUCCGAUUGACCCCUACUGGUUUUCUACUCUUCAGAUCCUCAAGUUGGGUGUGUUUUUUUAAUGAGCAUCUCAAUUUCCUCUCCAUUCAGUCCCGAUGCCCUCCCUGCCACCUUCCGUACCCCAGGGACCCACUAGCAGGGAGCAGACGGCAGCUAAUUUUGGUACUACUUAAGGGUUCCCCCAUUCCGGCCCCCUUGCAUCCCUUCCCCCAGUUCUUUCUCUCUGGAGUUGUUCUUUUCCCCCAAGAGGCCACAGCACCCAGCGUUGGUACCCUUCCUAACCUGCUACACCAGGGCUCACCUCCUCUUUAGGAAUUGGGGGCCAUCAGAUUACUGAUCACAUUUUGACACUUUUCAUGGCCGCCUGCCAUUUCUAGACAUUUUCCCCAUUAAAACAAUAAAAAUCAGUUUUCUCCAUAACCUCAAGCUAUCAGUCUCUCUAGGUCCCCAAGAGGAAAACAAAAGUUGAAGUGCAAAACUUCUCUUCCAAUAUUUAAGCUAUUGCCAUGACCCCAUCCCACCCCCACCCCCACCCCCACAAAAAAAAGCUGUGAAACCCUUUGCCUCUCUCUGGACAGCGUGGGGGGGCGGCAGUGGGCGGGAACUAAGGGUUUCAAUUUCUGUUUUUUUCCUUCCACUCUGGGUACUUGUUCGGGUGUUAGAGGUCUCUCCAUCCCCCAGCCACAUAUUUUUUUUUAAAGAUUCCUUUAGUGAACCAAGACCUUGACUUUCAGGCAGUUUGAUCUGGAGUACUUUUGUUCUGUUUGGGGUUUUGUUUUGUUUUUUUUCUUGGUUUUGUUUUUUCAUCCUUGUGGUUCUGGAAAGCUUC